AGAACUACGACUAGCCUCCCAGCAACGACUACCCCUUGGUCACAUUACGGCACUCCAUUGAGUCGACUUCCACUACAAUUUGUUGUCUAUGUUGAUAACACAGUUCCAUCCUGCAAUGAGGGAGUGUACUUGCCCAAGUUCCUGCAUCCCACUCCAAACAACAGAGAGCGACUUCAUGCUGCCAUCAACCGGGAGCUAGAAAUCAGAAUAAAUGCGACAGCUUCUGUCUCAGUGGUCCGUGAUCUCAUUAUAAGUGGCCCUCUAAACAUCACAAAAGACAGAACCACCUCUGGGGAAUUUGUCCUGAGAUGGACACCCAGGACUGAUGACCUUGGCCAGCAUUUUCCCAUCUGUUUUAUUGCUGAGAGCAGAUGGGGUGGCAACUUCUACCAGUCUGAGAUGAGAUGUGUCGUUGUUGAGGUUGAACAUCAUCAAUUUGUUCCUGAAGCCAAUGUGAUUUGUACUGAGAAUUUCAUGGCUAUUGAGCUGGAAACAUCAAUAUCAGAGAGCAUCCAGCUACAUGUGGAUCACUUGCGCCUCAAUGACCCAUCUUGCACACUCUACUCCAAUGGCACCCAUGUCUUUGCCAACAUGUCCCUUAACACAUGUGGUACUACAGUGGAGGAAGAUCAGGACAGUCUCUUCUUCAAGAAUGAAAUUGUGUCAUUUGAUAACCAAAGCAAUGUCAUAACCAGAAUCAAUCAGGUGGAGUUUCAGUUCUUCUGCAAGUACCCUAAGAGAAGCAAUGUGACCCUAGAGUUUGACACUCACAGAGGCCCUUACGCAUUUGUGCAAAAAGGAUUCGGAACGUUCAGUUAUCAGUUUGAGUUCUUCCACUCAAGUCAGUUCCAAUAUCGGAGGGACCCCAACUCUUAUCCCCUGGAGUACAGCCUUGGUGAGAUGAUGUACAUGCAGAUUGAAGGCAUGUCUUCAGUCAACAACACUGAGCUCUUUGUGGAGUCUUGCAAGGCCAGUCCCAGUGAUGACCCUCAGGCCCAUACUUCCUAUACCAUCAUUGAAAAUGGAUGCAAGAAAGAUGAAACUGUGAAGUUCUACUCAAACCAUGACAAUAAAGUCAAGUUUGGAAUGAAGGCAUUUAAAUUCAUCGGAUGGUAUGACCAGGUUUUCAUCACCUGUUCGGUGAUACUGUGUGAGGCUGGAAACCCCAACACCAGGUGUUCUCAGGGCUGCACCAAUGCCACUGCCUCACCUGCAGUGCAUCACCAUCACAGGAGAGAGGCUCCCAUUCAGACCACCAGUCACUACAUUUCCCAGGGUCCCGUGCGGCUCGGCAGGAGUGCAGACACCAGAGAUGCUCCAAGCACAGUGCUAAAUAAUGGUUUGAACAUGAAUCUGGUUGUCAUCGCUGGAUGCCUGCUGAUGGUUUCUGCAGUGAUCUACACCAAGCGACCUAAGAUUGUGUAUCAGCCACUGCCAAUCUCUGACUUUUAA